CAGGAUAUUCCAGGCACAGGCAUUUCACAUGGACUCCAGAAACUUCUACUUUGACAUGUACAUUGUGCUAUUUCAUAACCUCCUUCUAGAUUCCAGAUUACAGCAUUAACCUUUUGUUGGCCACAGGCUGGUGCUGUUGAACUCUUCAUUCCUAACAGGCGUACUCUGAUGUCCAGGCUUUUGGAUAUGUAGGACUUAUUUCCUGUGUUUUUCAUGAAAACCCGCAGUCUCUUGGUACUCUUAAAGUGGAUUUUUUGCACCACAGACUUUCUCAGAAUGGAAAAAUUACUUUUACCCAGCUUUUUUGAGGAAAGGGAUUAUCAUUAUUACUGGCUUCUUUUUGGUUUGUGUUUUUUUAGUUUGUUGAUUCGGUUUGUAUUCUUAUCUUCCUGUUCACUUAAUGCUCUGGGCAGUUGCACAUGCCUUGCUAGAUGACACAGGCAUUGCUAUGCACUUUCACCUUCGGGUUACACAAGUUUAUACAACCAAAGAGAAGAAACCCUCAUUAUUGAAUGAUUAGGUCUCAUCUGAAAAUAAGGGCAUGGCAGGUGUGAGGAGUCACUGAAUGGGUGCUGGCCUGAAAUUAGGAGGUGCAGAACUUUUUUGAAGGGUGGUCUCAUAAAAGUCUACUGGGAAGACAGACUAGCCCCAGAGGAAUGUUGAGGGUGGUUUGGUGAUUCAUGCAGUGGAGUAGCAUCAGUGGAAGAUACCAGAAUAUCAGACAGACUCAGGUGACUGCUUGGAGAACUGCACUGUAUCCAUCCAGAAAUGCAAACAAGAAUGUACCUUCAAAAAAGGAAUGGAAAAAUUCAGUACUCCUUUCCUUUGAGCCUUGCAAUGGUGCAUCCAUACUGGUAUUGCCAUCCUCACUAGUAUUGCUUAAUGGACACUGCCAGUAUAUACAAUCAAACAGUAAAUAUACAAUGAAACACAACCAGACAGUGCAUUGGAUAGCAAAAGAUUAGCAAGUUUGGACAACAGGGUGGGGUGGUUGUGCUGCUCCCUCUGUGCUGGGAAUUGGUAGAGUUGAAGGUGAAAGUUGUAGUUUGACCAGGAAAAGAGUUCUUAUUUAGAGCUUGCAGGAAAAAAAAAAGUGGCCUUGUGCCAAGAUCAGUGCAGCUGGAAAUGCACUUCCUACAGUUAAAAAUACAGGGAGAUUCCUAUAUAAUGGGACUUCAGAGAGGAGAUCUGGCAAAACGGUGAACAUCUAUUCAUUUUGAUGCCUUAAAAGUUAGCUGCCCAGCAGCUCUUCGCUUCGCUGAUGGUGUUUAGGGCGAGGUUGUCUCAUCCUAUAAUGUAGUCCUGGUCUGACAUCUGAGAAUACCAAAGCUCUACAGGAAAAACAGGGACCAGAGUUUAUUUCAGUUACACCACUUCCUACGUGGAAAUCAGGAGAUGUUCCCAAAGGGCGGUCACUGCGUGUAGGCGAUAGCAUGCCUCUCUCCACAGGAGCUCUCUGCAGCUGGUCUGGGAAGUUUACUGCCUCAGGAAGCCAACAAAUUAAACAGAUACUUAAUCUGAAGAGGGCUGGGCUGGGGUGGCCAGAAGAGCUUGAUGGAAUAUUAACACCAUUUGCUACUUACUGAGAGCAGGGUAACUGUGCUUUGAGCCAUGGAUGAUCACCAUUCAGCUAGGAACCUUAGCUGAGUGGAGAUAAUCGUAUGACCUGAAGUAUUCCUUUUACAAUCUUACUACUUUUUUACCUCCCUGGUGUCAUGUUCUGAUGAUGUGAUUAUUGGUUGCUGGGUUAAAUAGGUUCCCAGUAAAAUCCCGAUUCUUUUCAUAUGGUAAUAGGAUUAUCAUACAAGAUGAAGGUAUUUGCACCUAAGACAAAAUACACAGUAGUUUACAUGCAGAAUAAGUGCAACCAUCUAGAAACUGCAUUUUCUAAAGAUCAGCACAAAGCUCUUGAAACAGGCCCAACCCAAACGGAAAAUACAAGGUGCUGUUGAAUCAAUAAUGAAGCAACAAGUUUCAAGGCUGUGCCAGGAAAACAGGGAAAUGUCUCUCCCUUCACAUCCUUACCUAUGGAGGAAGAUUUUUUUCUGCCAUCAGUUACUGAUUCACUCAGUCCAGGGAAGGGCUGCUUUCCAGUUUGGUUUGAAUGCCGGUCCUCUAAUCAGCUGGAGAAAAGGAGUCGCUUAUAUAAGCCAAAGGAAAGGAAAUGCUUCUGUGAUACAGAUCACAUGAAGAGCUAGGACUGAGCACUGGUUGUCUCCCGAAGUCCAGUUUCUGCACCUUCUCACCCUGUUUCUUUAGGGCUGAGCUGACUGGGAGAAGUGGCAAUUUAGGAGGCUUUCCUUUUCUUACUAGUCUUUCUUUUUCAAGGCAGUUGGUGAAGGCAAGUGGAAGACAUGACCCCCUCCUCAGACAAAGAGCUCAACGGGCUAGACAACCCCAGCUUCAUGGGUGAAGAUGGGAAGCACUACUGCUCCUCACUGGAUCGUGCUGCCCGGGGCCCAGAGGAAGGCAGGGACAUGGGCCAUGGUGGCAUCAAGCUUGCCUACACUGUCAUGGAUGUGCCCCCCUGGUACCUCUGCAUCCUGCUGGGCAUUCAGCAUUUCCUGACAGCCCUGGGAGGUCUCAUAGCCAUCCCGCUGAUCCUCUCCAAAGAGCUUUGCCUCCAGCAUGACCUCCUCACCCAGAGCCACCUGAUCAGCACCAUCUUCUUUGUCUCAGGGAUUUGCACCCUGCUGCAGGUCCUCUUUGGAGUCAGGUUGCCUAUUAUUCAAGGAGGAACUUUUGCAUUCCUGACCCCCACCCUGGCCAUGCUGUCUCUCCCCAAGUGGAAGUGCCCUUCUUGGACACAGAAUGCCAGCCUGGUGAAUGCCUCUUCACCAGAGUUCAUUGAAGUCUGGCAGACGCGGAUGCGAGAAUUGCAAGGAGCUAUCAUUGUAGCUUCCUGCUUCCAAAUCUUCGUUGGAUUUUCUGGCCUGAUUGGAUUCCUGAUGAGGUUCAUCGGCCCCCUGACAAUCGCGCCCACCAUCACCUUGGUUGCACUUCCUCUCUUUGAGUCGGCUGGCGACGAGGCUGGGCAGCACUGGGGCAUAGCGUUCAUGACUAUUUCUUUCAUAGUUCUGUUCUCUCAGUACCUGAAAGACGUCCCUGUGCCACUGCCAUCUUACCAGGGAGGCAUGAAGUGCCACCUCUCCCCUGUCUACCUCUUCCAGAUCUUCCCGGUGCUGAUGGGGCUGUCCUUGAGCUGGCUGCUCUGCUACGUGCUGACGGUGACCAACGUCCUCCCUGCAGACCCCACUGCCUAUGGCCACCUGGCCCGGACGGACAUCCGUGGGGAUGUUUUAUCCCAGGCUCCCUGGUUUCGGCUGCCUUACCCAGGCCAGUGGGGAAUGCCAACAGUCAGCCUGGCUGGAAUAUUUGGCGUCUUAGCUGGGGUGAUUUCCUCCAUGCUGGAGUCUGUGGGAGAUUACUAUGCCUGUGCUCGCCUGGCCGGGGCCCCGCCACCACCAAAGCACGCCAUCAGCCGUGGCAUCGGGGUAGAAGGCAUCGGCUGCCUCCUGGCUGGUGCCUGGGGGACAGGGAACGGCACCACCUCAUACAGCGAGAACGUGGGGGCCCUGGGCAUCACCAAGGUAGGGAGUCGAAUGGUGAUCAUUGCCGGUGCCUGCACCAUGCUCCUCAGCGGCAUCUCUGGGAAAGUCGGGGCAAUGCUUGCCAGCAUACCCACACCCGUGAUCGGAGGCAUGUUCCUUGUGAUGUUUGGAGUUAUCACAGCAGUGGGGAUUUCCAAUUUGCAGUACACUGAUAUGAACUCCUCGCGAAACAUCUUUAUCUUUGGAUUUUCUGUAUUUGCUGGCCUCACGGUUCCCAACUGGGCAAACAAAAAUAGUACGCUGCUGGAAACAGGAAUCAUCCAGCUGGACCAGGUGAUCCAGGUGCUUCUCACCACUGGCAUGUUCGUAGGUGGACUCCUGGGGUUUAUCCUUGACAACACCAUUCCAGGAACACAGGAGGAGCGAGGGCUCCUGGCAUGGAAGCAUAGCCACAAGGGAGAGGCAGACAUCUCUCAGCUCAUUUCCAAGGUGUAUGAUCUUCCAUUUGGCAUAGGCACCAAAUACUGCGCUGUCUCUUGGUUUCGGUAUCUCCCUGCUUGCCCCAAAAGGCUACCUGGUGGCAAGAGAAUGGACGAACUGAAGGCUGCCGAACAGGAAAGCAGUGUUAGAGCAAGUUCAGAAAGAGACUCUGAGCUAGGUGCUGAUACAAGGAUAUAAGCACCUUCCUGUCUCGGAAGCUGAGGCCUGAAAAGGAUGUCUGCAGCCCACAUCAUUUGAACUUGAGCUGUCAGCUGUCAGAGGCUGGUGCAGGAGAAUGAUAAUGCCUUUCUCUUCCCAGCUGUGCACCCUGCACCUCCAGGGAGUAAUUUUUCUCCUCUCUGCUCCUGCCUGCCCACCUCUAGGAAGAACAUAUCCCUUCUUCAGGGAACACCAAAGCCCAAGAAAUGCUUGGAAAAGAUGUUCAGUUUCCUUCCUUGCACUGAACCUUGGGGACCCCAAGGAGCAGCUGUUUAGCUGAAGCAGAGCUCUUGCUGUCCUCUGUCCUGGCUGCCCAAGGAACCACAGAAGAUAUCCCUGGUGUGGGCCCUGUACCACUCUCAGGCAUCCCUAGGGCUGAGGCUAAAUCCCCACCACCUUAAAGAUCUGUAAUGGCAAUGCCCACCUCUCGGCUUGUGCUUUACACUCAUCCUGGCCAAGGGGAAGGAGUGGGCACCUUUAGGUCAUGAUUAUUCUCAUUUCAUAUUCCCAUAAAGUCAGUCAAAGGAAUGCGGUUGUAAGAGAGGCGUCUAAGGUUAAUGGGCUUGAUUGUCUUCUGAACAUGCCUCUCCUAUCUUUGACUGCAGAGGGAAUCUAGAGACCUUCUGUCCUUGAUCUAACAAAAACCCAGCUUCACUGCAGUGAAUCCCUGAGCAGUCUCAGGGAAGCCAGCUUCCCCAGAGCACCAAACCCUGCAAAGAUGAAGGAGACAAUUCUUCUGCUCACAGUGAGAUGCAUCCCUGUUACUGCUAUGUCCUGUGUCCCCUCCACUGUACUUGUUUGGUCUGGUGAUUGUGCAGUGACAACGACUUCUCUGGAAAACAGUUUGCAGAUUCUUGUUCCUGUCCACUGUCAGCAGAAACAGCCUUAACCUAUAUGGCCAUGUCCAAUGCAGUUGCAUGCAGUGCUGGUUGCUGGUGGUGUGUAAUAACAUUACUGUAGUA